CUGCGGCCGCGGGGCUUCGUGCGCGCUGGACCGGCGCGGGCUCCGGGACCGGCGCGGAGGAACGGUCACAGCCCCGACUCGCCGGCAAUGGGAUUACAGCUGUAGCAGAGCGUAGACCGGAUUGCUUUUCUCACCUUCCCGGGAGCUGUUCAGACCCAGCAUCUUUUAAGGAAGAAAAAUACAAAGGAAAUUUAGUGUGCUUCUCUUUUCUCUUCAUGAAGAGUGAUUGAACUGUUUCCCUUACCUCUUAAGAGGAGAAUACCUGUUCUUGUAUAAUUUGACUGUGACAGAAACUCUGAGAAAGCAGCAAGGAGCAAAAGCUGGAAAUAGCGAUUUCACAGCAGGUAAUCAUACCUCAGGAUGUAGCUACUGUACAGAGUUUAUACUUGGAUAAUCCUGGAUGGGAAUAAAGGUAGGGGGUAACUGCCUGAAAACCCCAUUACUAUACAGGCCUUAGCAUCAUGAAUGGCUUUCUUCAUGAGGAUCUGAAGUUACUAUCUCUGACCACAUUGCACAGAAGAGCCAAUAAGAAUUUCAAAGAGGGCAAUUUCUACCAAGGGAAUUAAGCUACACAAAAGGAACCUUCACACAGAAACUCUAUCAGAGAGAGAAAAAAAAAUUAGGAAGCCACGUGUCCUACAUAGUAAGAGGAAGCUGGAUUGUUUCUGGCCCCUACUUUAAUGAGCUUGCCCACCAUGCUGAACCACAGCUGGAAUGUGCAUUGACAGCAGCGAGCCUGAUCUGGAGGUGUGUGCGGCAUAGGAUUACUUGAAUAAACAGUGAAGAACAUUUCCAAGGACUAAAGACUUUUAAGUCCCUACCCCUCAGCAAGAAAAUAAUACAUGUGCAUUGGACUCUUACCCACGCAAAAUUCACUUACUUCGCUCAAUAAGUAACAGAAGCUACUUUGUACAAAGACCUCAACACUGCUGACCAUGAUCAGCCCAGCCUGGAGCCUCUUCCUCAUCGGGACUAAAAUUGGGCUGUUCCUUCAGGUGGUGCCUCUGUUGGCUAUGGCUAAAUCCUGUCCAUCUGUGUGUCGCUGCGAUGCGGGUUUCAUUUAUUGUAAUGAUCGUUCUCUGACAUCCAUUCCAUCGGGAAUUCCAGAGGAUGCUACAACUCUCUACCUUCAGAAUAACCAAAUAAACAAUGCUGGGAUUCCUUCAGAUUUGAAAAAUUUGCUGAAAGUAGAAAGAAUAUAUCUAUACCACAACAGUUUAGAUGAAUUUCCUACCAACCUCCCAAAGUAUGUAAAAGAGUUACAUUUGCAAGAAAAUAACAUAAGAACUAUCACUUAUGAUUCACUUUCAAAAAUCCCUUAUCUGGAAGAAUUACAUCUAGAUGAUAACUCUGUCUCUGCCGUCAGUAUUGAAGAGGGAGCAUUUAGAGACAGCAACUAUCUCCGACUACUUUUUCUGUCGAGAAACCACCUUAGCACAAUACCCUGGGGCUUACCCAGGACGAUAGAAGAAUUACGCUUGGAUGAUAACCGCAUAUCUACUAUUUCUUCACCAUCACUUCAAGGCCUCACUAGCCUGAAACGCCUGGUUUUAGAUGGAAACUUGUUGAACAACCAUGGUUUAGGUGACAAAGUUUUCUUCAACUUAGUUAACUUGACGGAACUCUCCCUGGUGCGCAAUUCCUUGACUGCUGCACCAGUGAACCUUCCAGGCACAAACCUGAGGAAGCUUUACCUUCAAGAUAACCACAUCAACCGGGUCCCCCCAAAUGCUUUUUCUUAUCUAAGGCAGCUCUAUCGACUUGACAUGUCCAAUAAUAACCUAAGUAAUUUACCUCAGGGUAUCUUUGAUGAUUUGGACAACAUAACCCAAUUGAUUCUUCGCAACAACCCCUGGUAUUGUGGAUGCAAGAUGAAAUGGGUACGUGACUGGUUACAGUCACUACCUGUAAAAGUCAAUGUGCGUGGGCUCAUGUGCCAAGCCCCAGAAAAAGUUCGUGGCAUGGCUAUCAAGGACCUCAAUGCAGAUCUGUUUGAUUGUAAAAACAGUGGGAUUGUAAGCACCAUUCAAAUAACAACUGCAACACCCAACACAGUGUAUCCUGCUCAAGGACAGUGGCCAGCUCCAGUGACUAAACAACCAGAUAUUAAAAACCCCAAGCUCAUUAAGGAUCAGCAAACGACAGGGAGUCCUUCAAGAAAAACAAUUACAAUUACUGUGAAGUCUGUCACCUCUGAUACAAUUCAUAUCUCCUGGAAACUUGCUCUACCUAUGACUGCUUUAAGACUCAGCUGGCUUAAAUUGGGCCACAGCCCAGCAUUUGGAUCUAUAACAGAAACGAUCGUAACAGGGGAACGCAGUGAAUACUUGGUCACAGCCCUGGAGCCUGACUCGCCCUACAGAGUCUGCAUGGUUCCCAUGGAAACCAGCAACCUCUACCUAUUUGAUGAAACUCCUGUUUGUAUUGAGACCGAAACAGCAUCCCUUCGAAUGUACAACCCUACAACCACCCUCAAUCGCGAGCAAGAGAAAGAACCUUACAAAAAUCCCAAUUUGCCGUUGGCCGCCAUCAUUGGCGGGGCUGUGGCCCUGGUGACCAUUGCAUUUCUUGCUUUGGUGUGUUGGUACGUUCACAGGAAUGGAUCCCUCUUCUCAAGGAACUGUGCAUACAGCAAAGGGAGGAGGAGAAAGGAUGACUAUGCAGAAGCUGGCACUAAGAAGGACAACUCUAUCCUGGAAAUCAGGGAAACUUCUUUUCAGAUGUUACCAAUAAGCAAUGAACCCAUCUCCAAGGAGGAGUUUGUAAUACACACCAUCUUUCCUCCUAAUGGGAUGAAUCUGUACAAAAACAAUCACAGUGAAAGCAGUAGUAACAGAAGCUACAGGGACAGUGGGAUUCCAGACUCAGACCACUCACACUCAUGAUGCUGGAGGACCUAGAGCAGACUAGGCUUCCGGUUUUUUAAAAAACACCUAAGAGAGGUGAUGGUAAGAACUCUGUUCUACUGCAAAACACUGGAAAAGAAACUGAAAAAAGCAAUGUACUGUACAUUUGCCAUAUAAUUUAUAUUUAAGAACUUUUUAUUAAAAGUUUCAAAUUUCAGGCUACUGCUGCGAUUGAUGUAGUGGAGAUGCCUGAACACAAUUCUAUAUUUUAGUAUUUUUUAGUAAUUUGUACUGUAUUUUCCUUGCAAAUAUUGAAGUUAUAAACCAUUUACUUUGUGUUCUACUGAGUAAGAUGACUUGUUGACUGUGAAAGUGAAUUUUCUUGCUGUGUUGAACAAUCAGGACUGCAUUCACAUGAGAUCCUUGUAUUAUAAGCACAGGCCAUUUUUCACUUUGGUAUUAAUACAAUGUAAAAAAGAAACCUGGCUGAAUGAGAAAAAAUAAAUUUCAAAAAAUAAUUAUGAAAUAAUGUUCCAAUUAUUAAAUUUGUAUUAUCUCAGUGGUAUUCAAUAGCUCAGAACAUGUGAAGUAAUGGGCAUUAUCACACAUGCUGCACAUCUCACAUUUGCCCCAGGCAAAUUAAGUAUCCUUAAGAGAGAAUUAAGCAUAUUUUCUGAACAAAGCAUACCAGCUGGCAUAAAAGGAAUGUGAAGUCUGCUGUUAAAGCCACUGUCAACAAAACUUUAAGAACAAAGGACUUCACAAAAAGUAGUAACAUAGGUGUGCUUCUUGGUAAGGGGGGAUGUGUACUUAUAAAAUAUGAAAACUUGCAGUUGUAUAGUAUAAUCAACACAAAAACUAGAGUUGCAUCUUGGUUUUGCCUCUGACAUCCUGACUUCUAAAAAAUAAAUUCUAAAAACAGAAUUGUUAGUGUUUAUAAUAUUUUUAUCAUAAAAGAUAUCAAACAUAAAUCAUAUACAUUAUUAAAGAAAUAGUAUAACCAUAGUAAUUUUGCUCAGCAAUCCAGACAAAGUAGAACUUUGCUUAAGUGAGAACUUGAAAGAAAAACAAAUUAUAGAAAUCAAAUUUAGAUUUGGCUAAUAUGAAACAUUUUAACAGUGUACAUAAAUGUUCAAUUCGUUUUCACAAGGAUCAGGAAUACUGCCCAUUACUGUCACAGUUCUCCAGAUAUGACAUAAUGAACUUGUAAUGUAACAUUUCUUUAUAGCUUCAUAUUGAAUUGUGAGCUACUACUUGUUUAAAAAACAUAUCAUCUUAUGUUGCCAUAAUUUUUUUUUCAACAAAAAACCAAAGUGCAUUGUACGCCCUUUGGCCAGUCUUGUAUGUGCCUUGAUCCAACGCUACAUGUAUUCAGCUUUUAAAACUCGACAAAUUUUUCAUACUUACUUAAAUAUGAAAAAUUAUGGUCUUAUUGCUGAAUAAAACUUAAGAAAAAGUA